ACCCCGGGCGCGCAGGACGCCGCGCGCAGUCCCGCCCGGCCCGGCCCUGCCCUGCCCUGCCCCGCGCGCGCGGCGCGAUGUGAGGCUCCCGAGGGCCCGAGCGUCCCCUGGCUCGCCAGCUCCGCGCAGCGCCGGCGCCAGCAUGCGCUAGGAACGUUUUGUGCUGAUUGAAGGCGAGACCAGCGGUCACCUCAUCUCUGUGUCUCCCAGCCCAGUGCUUGGCACAAACCCUUCUGUAGGCACCGGGCUCCAGGACAAGAUGGCGGCCAAGCAGCCCCCACCUCUCAUGAAGAAGCACAGCCAGACGGACCUCGUGAGCCGCCUGAAGACCCGCAAGAUCCUCGGCGUGGGCGGGGAGGACGACGACGGGGAGGUACACCGCUCCAAGAUCAGCCAGGUCUUGGGCAAUGAAAUCAAGUUUGCUGUUCGGGAGCCUUUGGGGCUGAGGGUUUGGCAGUUUGCUUCUGCUGUGCUCUUCUCUGGCAUUGCCAUCAUGGCCCUCGCCUUCCCUGACCAGCUCUAUGAUGCCGUCUUUGAUGGAGCCCAGGUGACCAGCAAGACCCCCAUCCGCCUCUAUGGCGGUGCGCUUCUCAGCAUCUCCCUGAUCAUGUGGAACGCUCUCUACACGGCCGAGAAGGUUAUCAUCCGAUGGACUCUGCUCACUGAAGCCUGUUACUUUGGGGUCCAGUUCUUGGUGGUCACUGCCACGCUGGCUGAGACGGGCUUCAUGUCCCUGGGGAUCCUGCUGCUUCUGGCCAGCCGCCUCCUUUUUGUCGCCAUCAGCGUUUACUACUAUUACCAGGUCGGCCGAAAACCCAAGAAAGUCUAGCCACUCGCUGGGCCAGGGAGGCCCCAAGACACCUCAGUUUCCCUCUGGCUCCUGGAAGGCAGGAAGGACCCCGCUCGCCUUCCUUUCCUCCUGGGCACCCCCAAAUGCUGUGAUCUCCUGGACUCUCAGGUUUGGGGAGGGACAGAGCCUCAACACCCUCUGCCCUUCGCCCCACACAGCACCGCCUCCUUUUCUUGCUCUUGGCCUCCGGAGCCCCUGGAUAGACACUGACUGAAGAGCUUGAGUAACGGGGUAUUGGGCUGAGGCGAGGCUCCUGCCCCUUCUGCCAGGAGGCCCUUCUUUCGUUUGAGAGAGGCGUGCCCUGCUUCCCUGUCCUCCCCACACCCCCACCCGACCUAGUGCCCACACAGCGGAACGUGGCUUCUGUGUAUGCCUGGGAAAUCUGACAGCUUGACCCUGGGCCCGUACUCCUCGGCGUGGGCCCUCGCCACCUGUGGGAGCUGCCGUCGGCCCCAUCAGUGCACAUCCCUGCCCUUCGCACAGCCCAGCUGCGGGGCUGACGGGCAGGGAUGGCUGUCAUUGAGCUGGUACCUCCCUCUUCAGCCUCUCCGUGAGGCGGGCCACCUGUAGCCAGAACCCGUCCCCAGCCCAAGCCCCGCCACCACGGGCUCUGUCCUAGGGCCUUGCUCUAGGCUGUUCUGCCUCCAGCCCAGCCCCUGGAGGCUCCCAGGAGCCCCCUCCCCUCAACUGGCCUGGGUCCAGAGGCCACCAGCAGCCUCGCCCCCCAGGCCGGCCCUGGCAGUGGGCACAGAGCGAACCCUGUGGAGAGGCUCCCGUGAGUGAUGGGGUUUGGAGAUGAGGAAGAAAGAGAAGCAGCGGCCUUUCCUGGUCCCCUGGUAUGUCCUUCAGGUUCUGCCGUCCGCUUGGCUCAGCCCCUUCACCUACCCUCACCCUCUCCCCAGGGUGCUGCCCUGAGACCCGGUGGGCUACGGCUGGGUGCCCUUCCAAGUCAGCACGGGAAAUAAAUAGAUACAUCUCAGCAGGCCUCGUGCACCUUCCCCGCCCCGAGUGCCCUGGAGGAGGUUGACAAGCGGCUCCCUCAGAGCUGAAGCCCCCCCCCCGUCCUGCCGCGCCCUCCCCAGCCCGUGUGCCCCCCGUUGUCUGUCACUCCGCAUCCUCCCCUUCCCUCUGGGACACAAGCAUGUGCCCCAGGCGUGGUGGCCCUCUUGUUCUGGGGACAGGUGUGGAGAAAGGCAGCCCGGGCCCCGCACUUGCUUCUCGUCUUGGAAUCGAGUGUGUUCGGUGGGGCGAGGUGGGUGGUCGGCAGGGGCGGCCCAGCUCUGGCCGCUGCUGGCUGCAGCUCUGCCCGGGAACCUUGCCCUGUCGGCGCCGGGCCCAGCUGUCCCUGCAGCCGUGCAGCUGGUCCCCAGCAGAGCAGCGCGACUGCUUCUGUCCCACAGCCGAGGGGAGAGGCCCCGUGGGUCGGGGAGCAGACGGGAACCUGGUGGCUAAGGAGAGGCUGGGCUCUUUCCUCACCUCUGUCUCCUGCCGCUGCAGUGUGGGCCUCUGCCCAGAAUCCAGCUGUUGGCUCACGAGCCCUGGCCGGGCGGGGCGCCCACCGCCCCCCGGGGCCACAGUCCUGUCCUACUGACGCAGGCCUUUUAAGGCCUGGUGCCUCCUCCGUCGGGUGAUGGGUGGUUUGUCCUCGUGCCCAGGGGACGUGGUGGCCGGCGGAAGUGGAGAGCUCGGGAAAGCUCGGGCUUAGCCGCCGAGGCAGCUGCUGGGGCUGGGCUGGCCGAGCGGCCUCACCCCCCAACGUGGCCUUGCCCCUUGCGUGGUCAGGAGGGCCUGCCAGGAUGGCGCUAGCUUGACAUUCCGUGCUGCUGGCUCGGACAUCGGAGCUAGGCCCAGGGGGAGGGAGCCUGGCAAACAGCCAUGUGGUCUGGGGACAUGGCGGGGGCACAUUAAGGCAAGGAGCCAUUGCUGGGACGGAGGCAGGGGUGAUGGGGAGGAGGACCCACACAUCUGAAGAAGACCCAGGGUGGGCCCAGCUCUCCAUCCUGAAGGUUUGGGACGACCCCCCCCCCCACCACCCUCCACCCUUGUCCCUGGAGCCCAGCACCCUCUGGCCAAGCUCCCACCUCAGCCCCCGUCUCCCUCCCGCCCCGCCAAGCAAGACCACCUUUCUUCACAGUCACUAUUUAUUCUUCGUUCCUUCUUCUUUUUGUAAGAAACAGUCACAAAAACCAGUGCAAAACCAUCA